AUGACAGAAACACCCACCUACAUCGUCCGCCCUGCAACCGAGGCAGACUCACCACAGAUCAACGACAUCGUCAACUACGAGGUCAUGCACUCCGUCAGCAACUUCAACUACGGCCAGCGGUCACUGGAGGACGGUCUCACCUGGUUCAGGACGACCAUUGCUGGAGGAUACCCCAUCCUUGUUGCCACAACUGUAGUCGAUGGUCGGGACUCUGCUGAGUAUUCCCUCUACAUUCACCAUGAGCACCGUAAACGAGGAUUAGGCCGCAUCUUGCUCAAGGAUCUUUUGGCUGAGGCCAAGGCACGCAACUUUCACGCCAUCGUUGGAAGCAUCAGUGGAGGAAACGAGGGCAGCUUCCGUCUGGCCAAGGAGUUUGGAUUUAGAGUUGUCGGUACGAUGAAGGAGAAUGGCUUCAAGUUUGAUCAAUGGAUCGACAACACCUUCGUAGAGCUGCUCCUUUAA